ACACAUAAUUACACUUAGGUAGGUACAUUGGGUGGUAGGUAUCUACCUAUCGUGCGUGUUGUGUUUUAGGAGAAAUACGGGUGAUUGUGUUCCACUUGUGUUCUGUGUCGCAACCGCAACACCAUGGAUGCUCCAAAAAGUAAAAAGCGACGUAUGGAUGUAGUUGGCCAAAACAAUUUUGAAACUUCAACAGAGGACAGCAUAGAUUUAAAAACAGGAUGUAACAGAAGAAGAGCGAAAAAGCAUAUUCCUAAGUUUCGUCUGAAAACUGCUGGAGAAUGUGCAUCAAUGUUGAUAAAAGCAAAUGAACGCAUCCCUCUCAUGUUAACUGAUAUACAACACCUUUUGCUACACUCUUUGCUCGGGAAUUUAAAUUUAUCACAGCCUCCACGUUGGUAUGUGUUAGAUAAAUGCAACCACAUCAGCCAAACAACAUGCCUUAUUUUGGAAGGAAUUUCUAUUUUACAUUGGGAAAAAUAUGCUGAGACAUUUGCAAGUACACAAAGCUUUUUUGAUGAUUUUGUUGAAAUUCUUACACCAUCUAUUUAUAAUGGCUCUCUUGUGCAAGAGCUAGCUUUGGUGCCUUUAUCGGAAGUUGAAAAAGAGGAUAUCAUACAAAAAUAUGGUAGCAUGAACUUGGCUUUAGAAGCAAGAAAAGAUCUCAUGGUUAUGAUGAAAGCAGUUUUUCCAAUUGAAAGUAACAAUGCACCUGUUAUUGACGACACAAUAAAAGAUAAGUUUCCUAGAACCCAGUUGAUAUUGUCCGCUUGGCAACUUAUUGAAGAAAACUAUCCAAUGCCUUUAAAAGGUAAAUUGAAAGAUACCUACACAGACUAUGUUAUGACAAAAGAUGAGUAUGAACCAGUUACAGCAAAGUCCCCUUUAUUUGGAUUAGAUUGUGAAAUGUGCUUGACUAAUGCAGGCUCAGAACUUACUAGGGUGUCCAUAGUCAAUGAGAAACAUGAAACUAUUUAUGAGACCUUUGUGAAACCUUAUAAUGAUAUCACUGAUUAUCUUACACGAUUUUCUGGCAUUACUAAAUCGAAAUUAAAUGAUGUCACUAAAAGAUUGGAAGAUGUCCAAAAGGAUAUACGUGAACUUCUACCUGCUGACGCAAUUUUAGUUGGUCAGUCCUUGAAUUUAGAUCUUCAUGCUUUGAAAAUGAUGCACCCAUAUGUUAUUGAUACCAGUUUAAUAUAUAAUUUCACAGGGGAGCGAACACGCAAACCAAAACUAAAAUCUUUGGCUAGAGAAUUUCUCAAAGAGGAUAUUCAGUCUGGAAAAAAUGGACACUGUUCUGUUGAAGAUUCUUUGGCUUCCUUGAAAUUAGUUCAGCUAAAACUUAGUCAAAGUAUAGAAUAUGGAGAUGCUGUACACACCAAUAGACAAAAAUAUAAAGAAAUAACACAGACCAAGGAAAUUGCGUUAUCUAUAUUUAAUCAUAUGAUAGAGCAGAACAAAACUUCUUUAGUUGUUGGAUGUGACAAUAUAACAGGUGAUUAUCACACUUAUUUAACCCAAGCAAGGGAAAGUGUUAUAACACAUCUGAAGAAGGGUAAGCAAAAGAAAGUAAAAUUAAAUACUGUGGAUGAUGUUGAUGAAGUCAUUGACACCCUUGCAAAAGCUACCAAUGAGUACAACUUGUCUAUGGCGCAUUUGAAAUUAGACAUCGAAAGUAAAUCUGAAACAGAACAAGCGCAACAAAUCCAGGUUGUUGAUAGAUGGGUAGCCACAAUCUUAAAUAGUCUCAAACAAAAUGCUUUAUUUGUUUUGGUACUUGGUGGCACUGCUACCCACAAUGGAGUUGCUAUGGUUAAAGUAAAAAGUACUUUAUAAUGUUGUUUUGUAUUUGUAAAAUAAUAUGUAGAUACUAUAACUAUUACAUCAAAUAAUGUUUCUAUUCUGUAGUCAUUUCAUACAGCUAAGGAAGUGAACUGGUAUCAUAAUGUAAUCCCACUAGAAUUUCCUUUGUGUUAUUACAAUAACUAACUAGACCACCCAAAAAGUAUACUAUUGGUUCUACCCAAUUUUACGGAUACUGAAGUGUUGAGUGUACUUGGAUAAUAUUUACAAGUCACAGAUUUCACGUAAAUUCUUUAGACAAAAUUUCAGCCAUUUGUUUUCUGUGUUGUGUGAUAAAGUGUAAAAAUAAAGUUUACGAUUACAGUUUUA